AUGACUGGUGACGAAUACAACGACUUGGAAAAAGACGAAGUUAAUAUAAUUUCUGGAGCCCUCGAACUUCAUCGCAAAAAAGUCGGCGAUGUAAUGACCAAAUUGGAGGACGUGUACAUGCUGUCAUACGAUACGGUGUUGGACUUUGAAACCGUCUCAGAAAUAAUGAAAUCUGGAUACUCGAGGAUUCCCGUGUACGAGGGCAACCGUCAAAAUAUUGUUACCAUGUUGUACAUCAAGGACUUGGCGCUGGUCGAUCCCGACGACAACACAUUGCUUAAAACGCUGUGCCAAUUCUACCAGAAUCCGUGUUAUUUCGUAUUUGAAGACACUACACUCGACGUACUGUUCAAGCAGUUCAAAGAAGGUAUUAAAGGACAUAUGGCAUUUGUUCAUCGUGUGAAUAAUGAAGGCGAAGGCGAUCCGUUCUACGAAACUGUUGGCAUAAUAACACUGGAAGAUGUAAUUGAAGAAUUGAUUCAGGCUGAGAUCAUGGAUGAAACUGACGUUUACACCGAUAACCGUUCGAAACAACGUCGACAACAGCGUUCACUCAGAACUCAAGACUUUACAGCAUUUGCCGAGCGCAGUGAUAACCAACGUAUCCACAUUUCUCCUCAACUUACUUUGGCCACAUUCCAGUUUUUGUCGUCGAGUGUCGAAGCUUUCAAAACAGAUGUUGUAUCAGAAACUAUUUUAAUGCGUCUGCUCAAACAAGACGUGAUAUUCCACAUAAAAAUGAAAGAUAAAGAAAGAUUUAAGUCUGAUCCGGCCAGUAUCAUUUACCAGCAGGGCAAACCAGUCGAUUACUUUGUGCUCAUAUUGGAAGGACGUGUCGAAGUCACCGUCGGUCGUGAAAAUCUUGUAUUCGAAAGCGGGCCAUUCACGUACUUUGGAUCACAGGCAUUACACCAGAACAUCGGAAUCGGCGAGUCACCACCAUCUGGAGCCAACCCUACAAUGGCCAAUUCAACUGUGAACAACAUGGGCAGUAUACAGUCGGUCAACAUUGAUGCCAUGUUGCGUUACACUUUCGUGCCCGAUUACUCGGUGCGUGCCGUUACUGAGGUUAUGUACUUACGUGUGAAACGUUCGUUCUACAUGGCAGCAAAACGCGCCACACUCAUGGAACGUUCUAAGAAAAUGUCAAACGCCGGUGAAUUUGAUGAAGAAGUUGACAAGCUGUUCCAUACUUAUGGAGACGAAGACCGGAAGAGUAUCCAAGGUUCUCCAGACGUAACUAGAAAUGCAUCUCAGACAACCGUACAGCCAUCUACAAUUUCGGCCAACGCAGCAUCUCUUAACAACGGAGAACCUACUCAACCUGUAGCCGUAGCAUUCUCACGAACACCUCAAGGUACCUCUGACGCAUCGGCUGAAGAAAAAAUCACACUUUUGGGCACAAACACAUUGUCCGCUGCUACAAAAUUGGACGCUACUGAUCCAUCAUCUUAG